AUGAUCUAUACGAGUUUGAAGCAACACUCAUUCGAGCCACGUUACAAAGAACUGACAAUUGACGCCAGGAUGUUCUCCUCAUUAAAAUCACUCUUCUGCUGCUUUAACGUCCGUCGUGUCUACCAGUCUGUGAUUCAGGAUCAAGCUGAAUCCAACAACCACCGUGACGUCUUCUACCCCAGCAAUGCUCCAGUCGGACCACUCUAUGUCUACGGCUAA